AUGGAACCUCCGAUCUUGGAAUUCAGCUUCUUGAUCAGCUCGUUCGACCCGCUGGACGUGACAUUUCUGGUCGUGAAGACGGAAAACGCAGUUCCUUUUGCGUUGCAGCAAGAAAUGAAGAUCGAGCCGGACACGAUCUGGAACGAAGAGGACGAACGUCGUCCCAAAAUGAGAUUUACCUGCGAGAUCUGCCAGAAGAACUUUAACUAUAAGCAUAUAUUAAAGCGACAUAUGCUGAAGCACAGCAAUUCCCGAACGGCGAAGUGCACCCUAUGCCCGAAGGCCUUUAAAUUCCAGGCGACACUAAAAGCGCACAUGAACAUCCACAACAAACGUGGAAGUAGCUGGUAUUCCUGCUCUAAUUGCGACUUCAAAGGAAGAACCCAAACCUCGAUCAAAGAUCACUACAACCGAAAGCACAUAGAAGGGUUCAACUUCAGCUGUGAACAAUGUGGGAAACUGUUUAAGCUCAAGAGGGACUACAGUGCGCACGUUAAGGACCACGAUAGUGGUCCUUGUGUCUGCGACGAGUGUGGGAAGUCUUAUCCUCGUAAAAGCUCCCUUUACUACCACAAACGUAGGAAACACACGACGCAGAUCAAGAACUUCGAGUGCUCCACCUGUAAGAAGCGCUUCAAGACGCAGAAGACCCUCAACAGACAUUCUAAACUGCACAAGAAGAAGUAUGACUGUGAAGAGUGCGGAUUGGAGUUCAAGUCCACGUAUGGAUUGACCAAACACGUGAAAACCCACUCUGAUGAGAAACCGUAUCUUUGCGCGAUUUGUGGGAAAAGCUUCAAGCACCUCAGCUCCCAGAAGAUUCAUCUGCUGACGCACGUUGGAGAGAGGCCUUACAUUUGCGAUGUCUGUGGGGAUAGCUUCACUCAAAGAUCGCCGAUGAUGCUUCACAGAAGGAAGCACCCUGGAGCGGGAUCGCCACCUCCUCCUAUUAAAAUUACCAAUCUUCUUCACGGAGUCGAGGACAAGAUCAUUGUAAAGAAGAGUACGGAAUGA